AUGCAAAAUUUCACCUUGGAUUUGGUUAUAGAGUUCACCAGAUCAUACGGCAACCGGCAGGAAGAAGAUGCUACAAAUGUGGGAGAGACAAGCACUUUAGCAGAGCGUGUCGAAGCGGGAGCUCUGGGGCCAGGUCUUUCCAGGCGCCUGCCGCCUGCACGUAGAGGAAUCAACGAAAUCAUCGACGUCGACGCACGUACGGACUCCAGGGACGAAGACAAAACCGAACCAACUUACUUUAUAGGCGUUAGCGGCAGCCUGCUGCAGGCGUUGGAGGUGCCACAAUACGCCUUCGUGUCGGGCACCGCGACGCUGCGCUGCGUCUACGACAUGAGUGACACCAAACUUUACUCCCUCAAAUGGUAUCACAACAACACGGAGUUCUACAGAUACGUGCCAACAGAGAGGAAUGGGCCGGUCAACAUUGGCCCCACGGACAUCUUCCUACUGCACGAAGUGUCCCGUGACGCCCGCCACGUGACGCUAUCCUUGGGACGCCUGACGGCGGCGGCGACAGGGACGUACAAGUGCGAGGUGCUGGCCGAGCAUCCCUCCUUCAGGACCAAGUCUGCCCAGGCCUUCAUGACGGUCCUCAGUGCGCGCUUGGGCCCGCCAGAAGUAAGAGGCGUGCGCGACAUGUACGAGCCCGAGGACACCAUCGUCGACAAACGCGCAUUUAACUCACCGUCCGAGCCGCAGCCUCGACUCAGUUGGUUCAUUGACGGCAAAGAGGUCGGCUCCCCGCUACUGGAGGUGCUUGGCGGUCACAGACCCGACGGUGGCACGGAAGCUCUGAGCCUCAAACUCCCCGCCCAGCAGGUGGUCGAGGCCGGAGGCAGCGUGCAGGUGGAGUGUCACGUCAGCCUCUGGCCCUUGCAAGACAGAGCCGUCAAAACCCUCAGGGUCAGGAUGAGGGAUAACUUCUUCUCCAUAUCAGGGGCUCGCGGUGGAGGUUGCGACGUUGUGAGCUUCAUGGCUGCAGCGAUGCUUGCUGCGGCGUGUCCAUACUUCGGCAUCAGCUGAAGCUUCGCCUGUUGCCAGGAAGAUUGUUAGAACAAAACCACGCAGUUUGGUAAAAGAUGGCUUAAAAUUUUGCUGGAGGUAAAUCCAUACGCAAUAAUAUUUAUCCACAGAAAAUCGGGAUAUUUCAUU